AUGAGCAAACUUUGUUUCUAUAACCCUUAUGGCAGCGAAUUCUUAGUUGAAAGCCAGUGUUAUGGAUACGAGGUUUUUCUCACACUCUGUGAGUUUGCUUUAGACAAAUACCAAACGGGAAAUGUCAUUCUGGUAUCCUUUGAUGCUGAUUUCGUUAUUGGAAAUGACAGCCUCUAUAUCGUUUGUCCAGAAGGCCACUUCACAUACAACUUCUUGUCAUGUGAUAAAGCCAGCCGAUGUGGUGCAGUGAAUUUUCCUUUAUACUGUAAAACUCAACCAAAGAGUUCGGUGUCGUCUAUUGUCACUGAGAUGUUUCUUUGCUCUGACCAAACACGCACCUUGCACUACACUCUGGUUUGUGACUUCAAGCAGGACUGCAACGAUGGAUCUGAUGAAAUGUUUUGUACACGCAGUCAGACGUGUGACGGGUACCAGUGUCAGAACGGUCAGUGCAUUCCACUCGAAAAACUCUGUGACGUAGAAAACGAUUGUUGGGAUGCUUCCGACGAAGACUGCGAUCAGUUCCAAGAGUGGUACGUGUCUCUUACUAAUCACAUUGAUCCCCCUGCUGUCAUUAAUUUUGACAAGGACGGUAACUUAACGUUUAAGGCACUCAGUGUCUUCGAAUCUUGCCCCGAAACUCACUUCCGGUGUCCACCUGACGGCUACUGUUUGCCUGUGUACGUGCGCUGUAACGGCGUGUACGACUGUCCCAACCGAGAAGACGAGGCGAACUGCCAGGUGUACACGUGUCCAGGUUUCUACAGGUGUCGCGCCUCCACCGUGUGUGUGCACAUUGACCACAUGUGUGACGGCCGACCACAGUGUCCACAACACGACGACGAACUGUUCUGUGACCUCAGAUGCCCACAAGGCUGUGUGUGUCAAGGUCUUGCAUUUGUUUGCUCAGAAACAUUCGACAUGCAGAACGUUCCUGCCCUUCGUUAUUUAGAUGCUAGAGGGAGCGGUUUGUCAACAAAAGAUCUGUCUCCAACCAUUUACCUCGCGUGGCUUAGUCUCGCAGCUUGUAAUCUGCAAGUUCUUUAUAAUAUAUCGCUUCCUACUCUUCAAACACUUGACUUGAGUGACAACCUGAUCAGCUGGUUAGACAUGUCGUAUUUCAUGCAGUUUGAAAAUCUCCGCGUUCUUCGUCUAGCCGGGAAUCCAUUGCAGUUCUUGUUCACAAGUUACACAGAACCACAACAUUCCCCUUUGACGUAUCUCGACCUUUCGCGAACGUCGCUGAAAGUGUUUACAGGAGAGAUGUUGAGUAGUUUUUCCGCCAUACAGGUACUGAAUCUGUCCAUUAGCUGUCUUACAGAACUUCGUUAUGACAGUUUUUAUUACAUUCAAGAUGUGACCCACCUGGAUCUGUCCAAAACACAAAUCAGAAGAGUGCACAACGACACUUUCAAGCAUCUGAAGUCUUUAAAAGUCCUACAAGCGAGCUCCUACAAGCUUUGCUGCCACGAACUGCUGCCAGACCUCGCUCACGAAGUGAUGUGUUUCUCACCGGAUGACAUUUUUUCGUCCUGCCAAAAUUUGUUGCGUUCAAAGACUGCUUUUGCUUUGGUCUGGGCUUUAUGUGUUGUUUCUUUAACUGGGAAUGUUUAUUGUAUCGUGCAUUCUGAAAUCAAGAAGAAGCAAAAGCACAGAUCCGUCUUUAAUGUCUUGAUGAUUAAUCUGCACGUGUCCGACUUUCUCACCGGCACGUACAUGUUAGUGAUAGGGGUGGCUGACUUGGUGUUCCGAGACCGCUAUUUGUGGUACGAAGAAGCAUGGACGGGUGGAUGGUUGUGUCAGAUGUCCGGCCUCGUGUUCUGGAUGUGCGUGGAUGUGUCUAUCAUAACCUUGACCGCCAUCAUAGCAGAACGUCUUAUCGUCGUACGGUCUCCUCUCGAUUUUUCUCUGCACGGCAAAUCCUUGGUUACAGUCUGUUGCACCAUCUGGUUGCUUGCUUUAGUCUUUGCUGUUUUGCCCAUUCUUUGUACGUGGCAGUGGCAGUUCUAUGGGCAGAACUCGGUUUGUCUUCCUUUACCUGUCUUCGAGAAAGAUUACAAAGGCUGGGACUACGUCUUUGUACUGAUGCUUUUUCGCCUCGUCCUGAGUUUAGUUGCUGGAGUUUGUCAUUCAUUCAGCGUGUGUACCUUGCAUCCUAGUGAGAUCUCUGCAGUCGUAGCAUUAAAAAGUGAAGAGAGGGCGCUGGCUCGACGAGUUACUGUUCUUAUCGGAGUAAAAAUUCUUAGCACUGUAGUUCGCAGCAUGUUGGGAGUAAUGUCAAAGACAGGGGCUGUCAUUGCUAGGGAUGUCGCAGGUGUACUCACACUAUCCGUUUACCUUAUUGAUGCUUCUUUGGACCCGUGGCUUUACUUCGUUAAUAGUAUCCGUGAGGAAAGGAGAGAUUCUGCUAAAGGUCGUGUUGUGAAAGCUCUACGAUCUCGGCUAAGGAUCCCUCAAAAAUGUGUCUGA